UAACACUGAACAGACUAUUCACAGCACGACCAGAACCUUCUUCACAGCAAAGCACUCUGUAAAGAAUGUUGCAUUAUGGGUGAGGUACAAAAGGGUUUGUUGUCACUGGCAGAAGAACUAAGAAAAGUAGAAGAUCUAGAUGAAAAUGCUAUUAGAAUAAUAUUACUAGGACUGGACAAUGCUGGCAAGACAACCAUCUUGACCCGCCUUGCUUUGGAGGAAAUCAGCAAUAUAACUCCAACACAGGGGUUCAAUAUCAAAAGUGUACAAUCACAAGGUUUGAGGUUGUCUGUCUGGGACAUUGGAGGUCAAAGAACAAUUCGUUGCCAUUGGAAGAAAUACCUUGGAAACACAGACUUAUUGAUCUAUGUUGUCGACAGUGCAGAUCGUAAACGAUUUGAAGAAACAGGGCAGGAGCUGGCAGAACUGAUAGAAGAGGACAGUCUACUUGGUGUUCCCCUUCUGGUUUUUGCUAAUAAACAAGACUUAUUGACUGCUGCUCCUGCCGCUGACAUUGCUGCUGGACUGAACCUGCACACCUACCGAGACCGUAUGUGGCAGAUCCAAGCCUGUUCUGCACUCUCAGGAGAAGGGAUUCAGGAUGGAAUGAAUUGGAUAUGUAAAAACAUCACUACAAAGAAAAAAUGAAAUAGCUGCUUCAUAGAAGACCAUCCAAAGCUAAAUCGACUUAUCAUAAAAUUAUAAUAACAAGCUAUAUGGAUGCAGGAUGAGG